AUGGGUGUUCCAGCAUUAUUUAGAUGGCUAUCUCGUAAAUAUCCAAAGAUUAUAUCUCCAGUUGUGGAAGAAGAUGCUACACAAGAAAUUGGUGCAGCUCAAUAUAGCGAUCCAAAUCCAAAUGGUGAGCUAGACAAUUUAUAUUUAGAUAUGAAUGGUAUCGUUCAUCCGUGUUCCCAUCCUGAACACAAGCCUCCUCCAGAGACAGAGGAUGAAAUGUUUUUGGAUGUUUUCAAAUAUACUGAUAGAGUGUUGUUAAUGGCAAGGCCUCGAAAAGUUUUAAUGAUCGCUGUUGAUGGGGUUGCACCUAGAGCCAAAAUGAAUCAGCAGAGAUCAAGAAGAUUCAGGUCGGCACAAGAUGCUAAAAUUGCACAUGAGGAAAAGGAACGUCAAAUCAGGGAGCGUGAAGCGAGGGGUGAACUGAUUGACGAUGCAAUCAAGGGUAAGAAAUCGUGGGAUUCUAAUGCUAUUACUCCCGGUACACCAUUUAUGGAUAGGUUAGCACAGGCUUUGAGAUACUGGGUGGCAUAUAAAUUAGCAACAGAUCCAGGCUGGGCAAAUUUGCAAGUUAUUAUUAGUGAUGCAACCGUUCCUGGUGAAGGUGAGCACAAACUUAUGAGUUUCAUAAGACUGCAAAGGCUGGAUCCAGAAUAUGAUCCGAAUACGAAGCACUGUAUCUAUGGUUUAGAUGCCGAUUUGAUUUUCUUGGGAUUGGCAACGCAUGAGCCACAUUUUAGGGUUUUAAGAGAGGACGUUUUCGCCAACCAAUCAAGGCAAAUGAGGAUAUCUGAUCAGAUACUGAUGACGCAAGAACAAAAAGAUUCUAUAGCUGAGCAGGAUGCAAAAAAGCCCUUCUUAUGGUUACAUGUUAAUGUUUUAAGGGAAUAUUUGGAAAUUGAACUAUACAACCCACAUUUGUCCUUUCCGUUUGAUUUAGAACGAGCAAUUGAUGAUUGGGUGUUUAUGUGUUUCUUCGUAGGUAAUGAUUUCUUACCUCAUUUACCAAGUUUAGAUGUCAGGGAUAACGGUAUUGAUAUACUUGUAAAUUGCUGGAAAAGAAUGUUACCGAAGCUAAGAGAUUAUAUAACUUGUGACGGUAACCUUAAUUUGGAAAGUGUUGAAAAAUUGCUUUCUAACUUAUCGUAUAAAGAAGACGAAAUCUUUAGAAAAAGACACGAAGGGGAAAAAAGAAGAGAAGAGAAUGACAAAAGACGUAAACUUGCACAAGAAGAGGAGAAAGCUUUGAAGAACCAAUAUAUACCCCAGGUCUCAAAAGGUAGCGACAAGGCACCAUUAACUGCGGAUGUUAACAUGCCAUUACUAUCUACUAGUGGUGAUGCCGUUGAAGGUUAUGCUCAAUUAUCGAAUAAAGAUAUCGUAGCGAAUAGAGAUGUUAUUACCAAGGCGAAUAUGUCUAAUGCUGAUGCUGCUGCUGCUUUAAAGAAAUUGCUUGAUUCUAAAAAUAACAAAGAAUCAGACCAAGAUGUGAGUGCUUCUGCUGCAAUCCAAGAACAACAGAAUAAGAUGGAAACUAAUGUUUUAGAGAAUUCAAAGAAGAGACCUAUUGAUCAAGUUGAAUCAGAGUUGCCUACUCCAGACGAGAAUGGCGAUUCUGUCAGAAUGUGGGAACCAGGAUACCGCCAGCGGUAUUAUCAGAGUAAAUUUGGUGUAGUAUCAGAGGAAGAAAUCAACAAAAUUCGUCGCGAUAUGGUGCGCUGUUACCUAGAAGGUAUUUCAUGGGUAUUAUUAUACUAUUACCAAGGAUGCCCCUCAUGGCAAUGGUAUUAUCCAUACCAUUAUGCCCCUUUUGCAGCGGAUUUUAUAAAUAUAAAUGAUGUUAUUGGUGAUCAAGGUAUCAAAUUCACCCUUGGCGAACCAUUUAAACCGUAUGAGCAAUUAAUGUCAGUAUUGCCAGCAGCUUCUGGACAUAAUUUACCUGAAGUGCUUAGAAUAUUGAUGUCUGAUCCAAGUAGUGAAAUACUUGAUUUUUAUCCAGAGGAGUUUCAAAUUGACAUGAAUGGUAAAAAAAUGAGCUGGCAAGGUAUAGCAUUAUUACCUUUUAUUGAUGAAAAUAGACUACUCGAGGCAUUAGAAAAGAGAUACCAUUUAUUAACAGACGAUGAAAGAGAAAGAAAUACUUUGAAGAAUGAAGUUUUAUUUAUUUCAAACCAAAAUAAAAACUAUAAGCAUUUUUAUAAUGAAUUAUAUGAUAAAAAUAUCAAAGAAUUACCUUUCAGAUUUAGCAGAUCCAGCUUGGCUGGAACUGUCAUCAAAAUUGACUCGUUUUGCCCUGAUGGAAUAACCAAGUUUCCUUUAGGUGAAGGUGAUAUGCCGGAUUUGAAUAAUAGUGAAUUUUUCCAAUCUUCCUAUAAAAUGCCUCCUAAAAAGAUGGGUAAGUCAAUGCUUAUUAAUGGAUACAUUUCGCAUACUAGAACAUUAACACAGGAAGAUAGGGAUUCGAUACUUUAUGGGAAUCAAAGAAAUGGUGGCUACAAUAGAUUCCGUACACCAAAUGAUAAUAGUGGAUACGUAAAUAAGGGACCAAGUGGCAAGGAAGACUAUUUGAUCUACUCUAUGAGAAGGGGCGGAUAUAGAGCUUUCAUGCAAAAUUUGAAAACUCAAAAUCAGCAAAAUCAGCAAGUUCUCCCCAUGAAUGCUCUGGCUGGUGCCAAUUAUAAUAAUCAAUAUAAUAAUUACAAUAAUAAUAAUUACAGCGGUGGCUAUAAUAAUUAUAGAAAUAAUCCUAAUAACUAUUCUAAUCAGAACAACAGUUAUAAUAACCACAAUAACUAUAACAAUUACAAUAAUCGUAAUAACUAUAACAAUUAUAACAACUACAACAAUUAUAAUAAUUACAACAGACAGAAUAACCAAGGCAGUAAUUAUGACAGAAAUAGUCAAGGAAAUGUGUCAAGCAGUAGAUCUGGAUUCAUCCCAGCACCAAAUUUUAGAAAUAGAAAUGGUUAUAAUCGUUAG